GGGGGUUAGAUGAAACCCUAGAAUUUAAAUUCAAAGUGCAGGCUGCAGAGCGAAAAUUUCCAAAUUUGAGGUUAAUCCAAUCUCCACAGGACAGCAGAGCAUAGCAGAGAAGAGAAGAGAAAGAGGUGGAGAAGGGUGGAGCCGAGGGGUCCAUUCCAGUCCAAAAAUCUCCAUCCAAACGAGCAUCGCCAGCCACACGAGGGUAGCGGAUUUAUCGACGAUGCUUUUCAACGUUUACAGAUAAUAAUAAUAUGAGAAGCAGGUUGAGCGUUUGAGACCCUGAAGAGUUCGGUCUCUGCGUGCUUUUUUUCAUUAUUUUUGUUGGUUUGUCGAAUUCCUGUUUGCGCGAGAAGUUAGGGUUUGUUUAAUUGUUUUUUUGAGGGUUAGAGACGUGAGAAAUCGAAUCGGAGUGGAUUAAAGGGGGAUAGAAAUUAUGGCGUCGAAUGGGCAGGGUAUAGAGCCUGCCUUGUUGGAUGAUAUCAUCAAUCGGCUUCUGGAGUUUCGAAAUGCGCGGACUGUUCGUCAGGUGCAGCUAUCGGAGAAUGAGAUCCGCGCUCUCUGUGCGGCUUCCCGUGAAAUCUUCCUCUCCCAACCGAAUCUGCUCGAGCUCGAAGCCCCGAUUAAGAUCUGUGGUGACAUUCAUGGACAGUAUGGAGACCUUUUAAGGCUUUUUGAAUAUGGGGGAUUUCCUCCAAAUGCUAAUUAUUUAUUUCUAGGGGAUUAUGUCGACCGUGGCAAGCAGUGCUUGGAAACAAUAUGCCUUCUUCUUGCCUACAAGAUCAAAUAUCCUGAAAACUUCUUUCUCUUGAGAGGAAAUCAUGAAUGUGCUUCAAUAAAUAGGAUAUAUGGAUUCUAUGAUGAAUGCAAACGGAGAUUCAAUGUUCGAAUAUGGAAAGUGUUUACUGACUGUUUUAAUUGCUUACCUGUGGCUGCUCUCAUAGAUGAUAAAAUACUCUGCAUGCAUGGUGGUCUCUCUCCAGACCUCACAGAUUUGGAUCAAAUACGAAAUUUGCCUCGCCCAACUGAUGUUCCUGAUGCUGGACUGCUUUGUGAUUUGCUUUGGUCUGACCCUAGUAGAGAAAUUAAAGGCUGGGGAAUGAACGAUAGGGGAGUUUCGUUUACAUUUGGUGCGGAUAAGGUGGCUGAAUUUUUAAUGCAACAUGAUAUGGAUCUUAUUUGCCGGGCUCAUCAGGUUGUAGAGGAUGGCUAUGAAUUUUUUGCUGAGAGGCAGCUAGUUACUAUAUUUUCUGCACCCAACUAUUGUGGGGAAUUUGACAAUGCUGGAGCUAUGAUGAGCGUUGAUGAGAGCUUGAUGUGCUCAUUUCAGAUCUUGAAACCAACUGAUCGGAAGCGUUUCUUGUGAAGCAAUGCUCCGAAAUCUCAAGUCUCAGCGAUCUGUUACCACACAGGAUGUGGCAUUGGUGAGUGGGGCAGAAGAUAAUAUACUAUACACAUCUUCUGUACGACUUAGAGAUGUUAAACUGUGUUGUUCUGGAAUUGUUUAAGCAGACUUGUUGCUUAGUGCCAGCAUCAGGUUUAAAAUACUCCCUCUCUCUCUCUCCCCCUCCAAGAACACUAAUUUGGACUCUCGGCAUUUAAGUUCCAAAUAAUUUUUUUCUUUUUUUGCUUGUUUUUUUUUUUUUUUUUUUUUUUUCCUUUGGAUUACUAUUGUCAACGCUACAUUCUGUGAAGCUGUUAACCAACUCUGUACAUACGUUUCUGUUUUUUUUUUUUUUUUUGGGUUUUGUUGUUUUGGUGUUGUGAUUGUAGAAUGCAUGCUUGUUUUAACUCAUCAUCAUCUAAGUCCAUGCUUCUUACAGUGAGAGUCUAAUGUAUGCUGCUGCUUCAAAUGAUUAACUUAAUAUAUAUAUAUAUAUAUGGUAGUAGAAGGUUGUGUUUGUGUUUGGGCUAUUAUUAUACUUACGUUUCAGCAAUGUCACAAUCUACUCGACCAUAUCCCUAAUUCCUAUUUAUUUA